UUUGUGAUCAAUAGUGCUCCUGCUGGCUUUAUUAGUGCCGUUGUGCAUGAUGGUGGCUUUUUAUCAGGAGAGCUUGAAGACAGAUGGAUUUGCAAAAGACUUGGAAAUAGAUCAUCCUUACUUCUGUGCACUCAACCUACCUCUAUGCACUGUGAAAUUUGCUCCAGAAGUAGCAGAUACCAUUUCUCAGAUUAUCAGUAAGACUAUUCCUAAUGAAUUCGCGGAAUCUGCGAAAGAGGUUCUUCUUUCCUCCGCUUCCCAAGACAAAGAGUCCCAAACAGAAUGGUACCUUCAGACAGAGGCGAUUUUCUCAGUUAUGUUUCUUAUUUUGCUGGCGAACUAUGCUAUAUCAACCGUGAUUGGGUUCAUCUUAAAGGCUCUGUGGGUGAGCCUGUUCAACCUCAUCUUCUGCUUCUUGACGCUCACAGUCAUUUUCGUCUUCGCAAAUCAGUACUGUCAAAACUACUCAGAUGAGACUACAGACAUUUCUGGGAUUUUGCAUACAAGUGAAGUUUGUAGCAAUCUCAAAUUUUACUUCGGUAAAAUUUUAGUAAGCUAA